AUGGCGAGAGACAGAGCAAGAGCUGAGGUUUUAGUGGGUAUUCCCGUCCUGGUUAGGACGAUUAUGGUACAGUAUGUUCUACAUGAAGUAUUAAACAAUUUUAGUUGGCUUAGUUUCCUACACAUUUUACAAAAGAGACUCUUCCGUCUGAUUCCUUAUAUAAGUUUGUUCCAUGGUCAACUAUCUUUUUUCAACAUAGCAUUACAGAAUGCAAGAUGUCGUCGUCUACCAAAUAUACUUCAAAAUGUAGUUUGUCUUGCAAAAGAUCCUUGUUGUGGUUUGGAUUGUAAAGAUGGAGUGUGCAAAAAUCAACAAUCUUAUUUUCGAAACUUUAAAGAUGAUAUGAGUUUUGAAGAAAGUAUAAUAUAUCUAUCUGUAUCACCAAUUUUGUAUUUUGCUCUAUUAAUCAUAUUGGAAGAAAAGUUAUUGUUAAAAUUAUUCACAAAGAUGGUUGGUACAAAAUUAAGAAAGGAGCAAGAUACAAUGGAUGAUCAAGUGAAAAAAGAGAAACUUGCUGUAGCGAUAGAAAUCAAUAACAUCAACAACCAAAGUGUAAAUAUGAAAGAAGAAUUAAAAUCAAGUGCUACAGAGACUACUAAUUUAGAACCAUUACAAAGUCCAAUAAGUGAUGAUAAUAGUCUCUUCCUAGUAUAUGAAUUAAGCAAAUACUAUGGGAAGUUAAUGGCCGUGAAAGAAAUCAGUUUUCGAGUAAAACCACGAGAAUGUUUUGGAUUACUCGGUGUAAAUGGCGCCGGAAAGAGUACAACUUUUAGGAUGCUAACUGGAGAAGAAAUGCCUAAUAGUGGCAUAAUGUACUUAAAACAAGCAGAUAUCUGUUCACAGAGGACACAGUAUCUUUCUGAAAUGGGAUACUGUCCACAAACUGAUGCUUUAAUACCUUCCUUAAAUGCUUUUGACCAUUUACGACUGUUUGCUCGUCUUCGUGGUAUACCAAAGGCUAAUGUAGAGUUGGAAGUUAAUAAAUGGAUUAAUAGACUAAAUUUAACUGCUUGUAUGAAGCAGCCAAGUGAUACUUACAGUGGUGGUAACAAGAGACGCUUAAACAUCGCGAUGGCUCUUAUUGGUAAUCCUACUCUUGUUCUUUUGGAUGAACCUACAACUGGUGUCGAUCCUGCAGCUAGAAGAUCACUUUGGAACACUUUACAGUCGUGUCAGGCAGCAGGACAAGCUAUUAUACUUACGUCUCAUAGUAUGGAAGAGUGUGAAGCACUUUGUAAUCGACUAGUCAUUAUGGUGAAGGGUGAAUUAGUUUGCAUUGGUGCAAGUCAAGAAUUGAAACAGCGAUUUGGAGCCGGUUAUGAUAUUCAUAUACAAUUGAAUCUAAACCGAACGGGCGAAGAUGUUAGCAAUAUAAAGAAAAUUAUUGAGUCAGCUUUAACAUGCGAUAUUAGAGAUGAAAAUUUGGGUUUUCUUGCUUAUCACGUAACUGAUUGUAAUACAACGUGGGAAAAAAUGUAUGAUACAAUGAAGAAUCUAAAACAGACAUACAGUUGCAUCGAGGAUUACGCUGUUCUAUCUGCAACUUUGGAACAACUUUUUAUUCAGUUUGCAAGAGGAGCUGAAAUGAUAGAGUCUAAUAAAUCUCCAAUUCGUAUUACUAGUCAUCAAGAAACAGUAUAAUUUAAAUACAUAUUGUAUUAUGCAUUGACUUGCAUACAUAGAAGUAUACUUAAAUGUACUAGAUAGACA